AUGGUUCUAAGCCGUACAAGAGAAGUCACAAUAGUCAUUGCACUUUUAGGUGAGAUUGCAUCAGUAGUCGGGACAAAAUUUGAUUUUACCGAAGAAAAACCGCUUCACACAUUGUAUGACGACGAGAAAAACAUUGACAUCGACAAUGAUUUGAUACUGAACACAGAGAAGCUCCCAACGAGGUUACUCUCAUUAUACUCCCCUGUGUCGGGCAUUCGAAUGCAAGUGUCGACUUCUUAUCCAGUCCUGCAUAUUUAUGGCUCUAAACAUCUGAACUGCAAAGGAAAAAACAAAGAAAUGUAUGGCUCAGGCAAAGGUUUAGCUAUCGAACCACAGUUCUACACCGCUGCUUUGAAUUAUCCACACUUUCCCAGCAUCGAACUGACUCCCGAACAGCCAUACUUGAAGGAAAUUAUCCAUUCGUUUGUAGUGGAAAGCGCACCGGAAGAAUUUUGA